AUGGCUCCGCCGUCGUGCCUCAAGUCGCUCGCUUUUGCAGUUUCGUGUCCAGAGUUUGACUCCAUCUUCCCAUCAGCAUCGCCGUUCACCGGGCUAGAGGAGCUGCUCAUCUACGACUGCACUGGGCUCACGAGCCUUCCCCACCACAUUGAUGCCUUGCUGCCGUGUCUACGCAAGCUCACCAUUAACCAGUGCGAUGACCUCGUCGACCUGCCUCAAAGCUUCGCGUCCCUCAGUCGUUUGGAAACCCUCAUCAUAUGUGAUUGCAACCGCCUUACCUUGCCCAGCAACUUCGGUGACCUGCCUGCCCUCAGACUGUUGGUGCUGGAGUUUCUGACUCUCUGGGAACUCCCUCCUUCCUUCUGCCAUCUCUCGUCACUCGAGGCACUCAUUAUAGCUGGAAGCACCGGUGAGGAUUUCCAGCUGCCAGCAGGUUUCAGCGGCCUCACAGCUCUCAAGGCUUUCUUCAUUGCCGAGUCCGAUCUUGCCUUGCCGGAAGACAUAGGGGCCCUCGCCAGUCUGAAGGCUCUCAAGCUGGUCACUUACGCACAGCCCUUUCCUGCUUCAUUCACACAGCUGUCUUCCUUGACGAGCCUUAACCUGAAUAACUGGGGGCGUGGGACCGAGCUGCCGGAAGCCCUGGGGGAGCUGAGCAGCCUACAGGAGCUGACGAUUCAAACCCUGCGCUUGGGCGGCCUUCGGAAAGGCUCUUCCCAUGUCAUCGACAUCUCCCAGCUGACGCAGCUGAGGGAGCUGGAGCUGAGCGGGGUUAGGAUGCGGUGCGGGCAUGCAGAGAGUGGGAGGCUGCCGUGCCUGGAGCAGCUGAAGAUGGGUUUUACAUGCCGAGGGUGGGAGCUGCCAAUCCCCCUCAUCGUUCUCCCCCACCUGCGCCACUUGACGACUUGUGCAGAUGAAGGUUACAGCCUCCCGGAAAACAUGGCGGCAGCGUUACCGCAGCUGCGGCAGCUGGAGCUUCUUCGUUGGCAUUCGGAAGAGCUGCCGGGAAGCAUAGUGGAGAUUACCUCGCUGACGUCUCUCACUGUUGAAGCUCCUCAGCUGACGUCACUACCUCAGGGCAUGAGCCGGUUGUCUCGGCUGCGCAAACUGGAGCUGAUUCGCUGCACCGCCUUGCAGCACCUCCCGGAGUGUCUCACUCAGCUGCACCAGCUGAUACUGCGUGGCACCUCCAUCACCUCCCUCCCUGCCAAUCUGGUGCAGCUGACUAGGGAACAUUGA